GGCUGGCUGGGGCCGGGCCGGGCGCGGGGCGCCGCUUCUUAACGGGCGGCGCGGGGCGGCGGGGAGCGCUGUGCCGGGGGGUGCCGCGAGCUGCGCUGCCGCGAGCCGGGCUGCCGCGCGCCAUGAGCGAGAGACAAGGAACCGGAUCUGCAAAUGGCAAAGACAAGACAUCUGGCGAGAAUGAUGGGCAGAAGAAGGUUCAAGAGGAAUUUGACAUAGACAUGGAUGCGCCAGAAACAGAGCGGGCGGCUGUGGCGAUACAGUCCCAGUUCAGAAAGUUCCAGAAGAAAAAAGCGGGGUCCCAGUCUUAGUAGCUACCUCACAGCUUACAACAAAGUAAUCCUGAAAUGAUUUAUCAAGAUCAGAAAUAACACAAAGAUGCAUGUACAGAAAUUAUCAGUAUUUAAAACCCCAUUGGCAGAUAACAAACCAUGAGCUUGUGUGUGACUUCAUCCCAGAUGUUUCACGCCCAUUAUCCUCUGUAACUCACCAUUCUACGCGAUGUUGUAAUAAAAAGUUAGGGUGAAGUAAUUAAAGUGUCUGCCUUCAUCUGUCUUUUCAUAUUAAUCCAGCAACCACAGCGUUACAAAUGUACCCAGCCCAGAUGCCUGUUUUCCUCUUCACGUAAAGCUUGCAGACAUAACAGCACCGUAUGUUACAAAGUUUUUGCUGAGGGAUCAGAGCAUGCAUCUCAGCACUGCUUACCUCAUUUGGAGAAUUCCAACUGCCAGCCAAAUGUAACAAUAAAAUUACUUUCUCAUAAUGAGCUGGAAGUAAAAAGUUGCAGACAGAAGCUGGCAUGAGGGGGAGAGGUGUAGGAAACAGUGAGCAGUUUAUUUUUGUCCUGCAAUUAUGCCAGUGAAGUGGCUUAACUGAGGAAAUUGUCCCUGUCCUUCCUCUUUGCAUGAUAAUGCUCAGAAUUACCAGAUUGGACCACAUUGACUUUUUGUUACAUGGAAAAAAUAAGAAAUCAGACGCAAAAUA